AUGGAAUUCCGAGACCUGGAGAACUUCGUUCUCGUCAUGUGGAGCGGGGAUCUGGACGAAGACAGACUAUUGGUGCACUUCUGCAAGAAUGGCAGCUGGAUGCAGCCACUGCGCUGUCGGGGUGCAGUGACUUUAGAUAAGAACUGGUCAAAGGUUUACUGCAGCGAUCCCGAGCGAGGAUAUCAGAUAAGUGUCUUCGGACUGAACGAGGAGGAGUCGCGAUGGGACAAACUGGAGGAGCUGCAGCACCGUGAAACGGACACUGCAGAAGCCAUGCUGCAACUGAAACGAGGGAAAAAAGACCGGAUGUUGCUGGCUACGACCACGUAUAGCUUUGUAGUUUGGGACUUUUACAAUUUAAUACCUAGAGGCAACCAUAUUAAGGAGAUGAAGAAAUGUAAAGAGGAUGCUGAAAAGAAAGAUGAGGAAGAAGAGAAAACGGAUGUGGUCUCAGAGAAAGAUCUCCGCCAACAAGGCAUCGUGCUAAAACUGCCUCACACCAUCCGCAACAUCUCAACUAAAAUGACACAGUCCAAUUCCUUCAUGGUCAGCAACAACAAUACUUACGCUGUGGCUGGAGUAAGAAAGAACCUAUACGUGUGGAGUUUGGAAACGACGAAGCUGAUAAAGAUCUUGGAUGCUCAUUUCGGACGGAUAGUACAGCUUGAGCCGUUGACGAUAGGCGCCUGGAACAACGUGAUCACCUCGUCUAUCGAUCGCACCGUGAAGAUUUGGAACAUCGAUAACAUCUUCGAGCAAGUCCAUAAGAUCGAUCGACAAGAGUUGCCAAUCGACUCUAUCAGUCUGGCAAGAGACAAACAGCUUGCGGUUACGGUGACGCGCAGUUGCUGGGGCCUAUGGGACACUAGCACUGGCAGGCUCUUGGCACAGUUGGCAGACGCACCGUUGGGUGCAAUUGUAACGCACGCGGUAGUUACUCCGACCGGUGACAAUGUUGUCACUGCCGAAUCUGGAAACGUGGUGAUAUGGGACAUCGCAGAACAACAGGUGGUCUUUAAAGAAGAGCAGAAAGGCGUGAAGCAAGUACUACUCUUAGAAGAUGGAAGCAAAUUUAUCACCAUCUCAAUGCAAGUGACUACGGAACAUAUUGACAAUUUGGCCGUGGCUAUUAUAGUAGCCCGUACACUACCUGAUGGCGAAAAGAUCUACAGCGUGGAAUUUGAACUCAGAGGAACUGGCUACAAGGCAGCAGUGAUAUCAGCAGAUGAACACCAUAUCGUUGCUCCGGGAGUGGAUAAAUCUUCAAGGGACUGUCUUCACGUGUUUCAUGCUAGAACUGGUGCUAGACUUCACAGGAUUCCAAUAAAGAAUAGCGGGAUUAAGGACAUGCAGUCAAUAGUGGCACUACCACACAAACCACACUGGGUGGGCGUAGUCGGCAAUGACAAAGCUGGAAUACUUGAUAUUAAAACUAAACGACACGUAAGAUUCGUGCCUCGCUGGAACGGCGCGUGCACGAGAGACGGAAAGAUCGGACUCUGCGCCCCGUCGAGGGGUGGCCUCGACCUCAUAGAGCUGAAGAGGGGCACUUCGCUGCAGCAGCUGAUCUCCAGGGCAGCCGAAGGAGUCUUCUCCAUAAUCACGAUGUUCAGUUCAACCGACCAAUACGUCUUCUACUACCACAGCGGUAGAAAAACUCUCAGAGUGUUCAGAACUGUUGACGGACGAGCGGUCGCCGAAUACAGAGCGCCUGCAGAGGUCACUGGUGUUGCAAGUGCCCAUGGUGGCAAAGCGGUUGCACUCGCUUCCCAGGACGGAUGCCUGACAAUACUUAAUAUUGUAGAUCCUCACGAG